AAUUCGCAGCGCAUUUCAGUCGGCUGGCGAUUUUGGCGCGUUUAGGAUCGUUCUGCGUGUGCCGGUGUGCCUCGCCGUGUAGGGGACAUCAUUUUUUGCUUGUGGCGCUCGUGAGCAAGGGUGGUGCCUGAAGUGCAAGGAUCAAUCAUUGUGCAUCGCAAAGAAAUAAUUAGUGCAAAUGUAAAUACAAGGAAGACAAAGUGGUUUUUGUGAACAAUUCAACACUGCCAUAUUAGGUGUAAAACGUGCUUAGAACAGUGAAUAUAGUGACCGCACACCGCAGUACGCAAGACGCAGCUUUUUGUAUGGAUUAAUUGUAGCUGCUUGAAGAUCAAAGAAUCGCUGUAGAACAAUCUUCCCCCUCCUACUUGAAUGGUGUGCAUUGCCGUGUGCCCGAAAAUGAAGAGCGCCACCAUAUUGCUUGGUGUGCUGCUGGCCGUCGGUACGGCCCGAGCGGACAUUUCCACGCUGCUGCGCGGUGGCUACUCAAACAACAACAUCCUGCAGGACGAUGGCUACCACUACGACAAGCCGAAGGUUCCGUUCGAGCAGCCAACGACGCCCCGCAAGUGUGCGGUAAGCGACCAGAAUCCGGACGGCAGCUGCGGCUAUGAUUAUCCCAAACCGGAUCAAUCGUUCACACUGCCGAACGAGUAUCUGCCACCAACGACAACGACAACGCGCAGGACGACAACAACCACGCGGCCUACUACAACGACAACGCGCCGAACGACAACCACGACGCGUCCCACGACGACGACAACGCGCCGAACGACAACGACCACACGGCCUACUACAACGACCACUACUACCCGUCGUACUACUCCGGCACAGGAAUAUCUCCCGCCGAGCACCACUACACGUCGAACGACGACCACUACCCGGCCCACGACGACGACUACGCGUCGUACAACGACGACCACGAGGCCUACGACGACGACGACUCGCCGUACAACUACGCCCAGGAUUGUGACGACCACCAAGUGUUCACCGUCGGCACAGAAUCCUGACGGCAGCUGUGGCUACGACUAUCCGAAGCCGGAUCCAUCGUUCACCGUUCCGAAUCGUGUGCCCACCACCACGACCACCCGGCGACCAACAACCACCACAACGCGUAGAACAACGACCACAACCACACGUCCACCGACGACGACUACGCGACGUACGACAACGCCACGCAUCGUAACGACCACCAGCAAGUGUCCCCCGUCGGCCCAGAAUCCGGACGGAAGCUGUGGCUACGACUACCCGAAGCCGGAUCAGUCGUUCACCCUGCCGAAUCGUGUCCCAACGACCACCACUACGCGACGACCAACGACAACGACCCGUAGGACGACAACCACCACAAGGCCAACAACGACGACGACGCGCCGCACAACCACCACGACGCGGCCGACAACCAGAACCACUCAGCGCAUUGUAACGACGACCAAGUGUCCCGUUUCGCAGCAGAAUCCGGAUGGAAGCUGUGGCUACGAUUACCCGAAGCCCGAUCAAUCAUUCACGCUGCCAAAUCGGGUGUCGACUACAACACCGCCCCGCCCGACGACGACGACCACCCGCCGUACGACAACCACGCGCAGAACGACGCCAGCGCAGGAAUAUCUUCCACCGACGACGACAACGAGGCGUACAACGACGCGGCCAACAACUACGACGACCCGGCGUACCACGACCACCACUCGUCCAACGACGACGACGACUCGCCGUACAACGACGCCCAGGAUUGUGACGACCACGAAGUGUCCACCGUCGGCACAGAAUCCUGAUGGCAGCUGUGGUUAUGACUAUCCGAAGCCGUAUCCAUCGUUCACCGUUCCGAAUCGUGUGUCGACGACCACCACGCGCAGGACAACACCACGGCAGGAGUAUCUUCCACCAACGACAACAACGCGACGUACGACGACCACCACUCGCCCUACGACGACGACCACUCGUCGCACUACAACCACAACGCGGCCAACAACUACCACUGCGCGACGAACCACAACGCCGCGUAUUGUAACGACGACCAAGUGUGCACCGUCGGCCCAAAAUCCGGACGGAAGCUGUGGCUAUGAUUAUCCGAAACCGGAUCAAUCGUUUACGCUGCCUAACCGAGUGUCCACCACCACAACGCGUCGGCCAACGACGACGACAACGCGUCGCCCAACAACCACAACGCGUAGGACAACACCGGCACAGGAGUAUCUGCCGCCGACAACGACCACACGUCGCACAACGACUCGGCCAACGACAACGACCACGCGGCGCACCACGACCACAACACGCCCAACCACUACGACAACGCGUAGAACGACAACGACCACACGCCCAACGACUAGAACCACUCAGCGCAUUGUAACGACGACCAAGUGUCCCGCUUCGGAGCGAAAUCCUGACGGAAGCUGUGGCUACGAUUAUCCGAAGCCUGAUCAGUCGUUCACCCUGCCAAAUCGUGUCCCAACGACCACAACACCCAGACCAACCACUACAACACGUCGUACCACAACGACAACGCGAAGGACUACGCCCGCCCAGGAAUAUCUUCCACCGACAACAACGACGCGUCGUACGACGACCAUAACCAGACCUACAACGACCACCAGGCGCACGACUACAACCACUCGUCCCACAACGACGACUACGAGACGUACUACCACAACUACCAGGCCAACAACCAGAACGACACAACGAAUCGUAACCACAACAAAGUGUCCUCUGUCGGCUCAAAACCCUGAUGGAAGCUGCGGCUAUGACUACCCGAAGCCGGAUCAGUCUUUCACCCUGCCGAAUCGUGUCCCAACGACCACUACUACGCGACGGCCAACAACGACAACACGCAUCACCACGACGACUACACGCAGAACUACGCCGGCGCAAGAGUAUCUACCUCCGACGACUACAACGACCCGUCGGCCAACGACAACCACGACCCGGCCGACUACUACGACAACCCGUCGUACAACGACCACAACUAGACCUACAACCACAACCACCCGCAGAACGACAACACCACCGAGAGUAGUAACCACCACUACAAAGUGUCCACCGUCGGCGCAGAAUCUGGACGGUAGCUGCGGAUACGACUACCCGAAACCGGACCAAUCCUUCACACUGCCAAACCGAGUGUCCACCACUACAACGCGCCGACCAACGACGACCACUCGUCGGACCACUCCAGCACAGGAAUAUUUGCCACCGACCACUACGAGGCCAACUACAACCACUACGAGGCGAACGACUACCACAACGCGCCGUACAACGACAACUACACGGCCAACAACAACGACAACCCGAAGAACCACACCAGCUAUCGAGUAUCUACCGCCAACGACUACAACGCGCCGCACAACAACGACGACGCGUCCGACAACUACGACGACACGCCGCACAACCACCACUACGACUCGACCAACAACGCGAACGACUCCACGCGUCGUGACCACGACCAAGUGCCCACUGUCCGAGCAGAAUCCGGACGGAAGCUGUGACUACGACUACCCCAAGCCAGAUCAAUCGUUCACCAUUCCGGAUCGUGUCCGAACGACCACCACCCAGCGACCAACGACGACAACACGUCGUCCUACGACCACCACGCGCACGACGACAACAACACGUCGAACGACACCGCCACUGGAGUAUCUACCACCAACGACCACCACGAGACGAACGACAACGCGCCCACCAACAACGACGACGACGACGACGACAACUCCAAGGCCUACUACCACCACCACCACUAGACCUACGACCACGACCAAGGGUUGCAGCGAGGCGGAGCUAAACCCGGACGGUACCUGCGGGUACGAUUAUCCGAAACCGCCCAACCCACUGACACUGCCGCCAAAGAUUCCGACCACGACCGUCCGGACAACGCCCGCGCCCGAGUAUCUGCCACCGGAUGAAACGACCGGCUACUCGUACCCGAAGCCAGCCAUACCGUUUAACUUCUAGGGAGCGGGGUUUGCUCCUCUUUCUUCUGAACAAGAAUUUUCAUUGCUAGGUUCUCUCCCCUUUUAAGACGAUUCCCUAUGCUUCCUCUGUGUGUGUUUGUCCUGCAUUGUUUCGUAUGUGCUGUGUACAUCGUCAUCAUCUUCAUGAUCACCAUCACCAUCAUUUUAUUAUCGGGGUGACGUCGGUUAGAGCGUGCGCUUUAUUUUCUUACUACUACCAUACUGCCCUAAAUGCCCAACUGUCUGACGGUUCAGUUUUAGUUUAGUUCUAAGGCAUUAGCUAGUAGAAGUAUCGUCCAGUGUGCUAGAGAAAGCAAAUCUAAAAGCCUCCGCACAGUUUGCUGUUUCUUUCGGUUGCAUUUUUCCCUCCCUUUCUCUCGUUCAGGUCGACGAUUAAGUGUAAGGUUACUAAACCGUUCAUUUGAAAUCGGUAUACCAACAAAUCUAUAUCGCAACAAUACUCACCCAGAAACGGCGACUCUAUAGUUUUUUUGUUAGUCAAAGCAGAAGUUUGUCCCCGUGUUAACGAAGGAGAGGGAGAAAGGCCAGUGUAGCUAGUAGAUGUGUUACUUUAAACGAAAAAUGUGUUGUGUUCGAUAUCGUGCAGAAUAUGAAGGAGUGUGUGUGUAUGUGUGUUUAAGAAACCAGAAAAGAUAGCAAUGAGUAGCGGAAAUAAAAGAGAAAACCCCACAGGUGAAAAUGUGAAUAAUUUAAA